AUGGAGGGCGAAGCCGCCGCGGCUUCCCCAAAGAGCGAGAAGGUCCAGUGCUUCGGCCGGAAGAAGACGGCCGUGGCCGUGGCGCUUGUGCGCUCAGGCAGCGGCCAGGUGCGCCUCAACGGAUGCCCGCUCCACACGGUGAAGCCCGACAUCCUGCGCGUCAAGGUCUACGAGCCGCUGCUGCUGUUGGGAAAGGACCGCUGCAGCAAGGUAGACAUCCGGUUGCGGGUGAAGGGUGGAGGCUUCACCGGCCAGAUCUAUGCGCUCCGUCAGGCUGUUGCCAAGGGCAUCGUUGCAUAUUACCAGAAGUUUAUUGAUGAGGCCUCUAAGAAAGAGAUCAAGGAUAUCUUGAUGGCUUACGACAGGUCGUUGAUUGUUGCCGAUCCUCGUCGCUGCGAGCCCAAGAAGUUCGGAGGCCGCUCGGCCCGCGCCCGCUUCCAGAAAUCCUACCGGUGA